GGUGACUUAUUAGUCUGCCAGGCGGAGGGUAAGUCUGGGAAAUAGGUUUGUAAAUAGCAUGGUGAGAGCACUCCAGGAAGCAUAUUGAUUGCAAGACUUCUAAGUGCUAUGCAAAAGUGUAUAGUAAUUGGCUCGGGGAUACAACUCUUCACUGGAAAACGUCAUGGCAUAAAUUUUGCAUUAUAUAGUUCUGUACGGCUGAAGAGGGGAUACUGGUUCGUGUCGUGGUACUAUGCUGUGAUCUUGUCAAAAUGGAGAACUGUCUGUUAUUAAAUUUAUUGCAAUGCACAUAAGGGAGAUUUAAUAAUUUGCAAGGUAAUGUAAAUAAUAAUUAAGGAAUAACGGAAAAUGAGUUCUAUGUUGGGUAAAAUUUAUUGUAGCCAUUCAUAAAAGUUGUUACAAAGAGAAAGUCGCAAAGCAGUGAGAAAGGGUGACGGUUGUUUUACAGAUACAGAUAUCCUAGUUCCUAAUUAGGGAAGAGCGUAUUGGCAAGUUCUGGACCUCUUAAGGCAUGGGUUGGAGCUAAGAGGUGUUUAGCGAUACUGCUGUGUACUUGUCACGUGAUAAACUGAUUGAUGUCGGCAAGGAAACGAGGAUUACCUAUGAUGAUUAAGCUUGAACUAAUGCAAUAUGCAACAGAAAACAACUAGGAUAAUACGCCAAGAUUGGGCACAUUGUUGUUUGUCCAGGUCGAAUCUCAUUCACGAUACUGUGUUCACUGGCAGUGAAGAUUGGUGAUCGUCUUAUCGUCUCAGAAGAGCAACGCCAAAGAUCAACGCGAAGUCCUCAGAACAAAGGGCCUGAAGUGUCAACAAACUGUUAAUAGAUCAAGUGAUUUACGCGUUCAUUUAGCCGUGAGUACGAGCUAUCUACGUAUAAUUCAGAAAAGGCUGCAUUGACCUGCGUGAAAAUGGCGAGAGCUUGGAUAAGCACAGGGAUUUUCACAGUCGCAAUAAUCCUGCUUGUCUUUGCAAACUGUGUAGAGAUGAAGGGCAAGAGAGACCGCAAAAACCGUCGUAACAGAGAUCAUAUUAAACUCAAAGAAAAUCGCGGAAAAGUCGAUCCUGUGAAAAGCUGGUUAGCAUUUGUACAACAGUCUUCUCAGCGGCGUGGGCAAAAUGUUGUGGAAAACAGACGGAGAUCUCACAAGAAGUCAAAGAAAAACGCGCACAAUGUACCUCAAGGACCCCCCGGACCACCUGGACCACAAGGACCCCCAGGCCCACCUGGUGCAGUUAUUUCGGAGGCAGCCAUGGUAGCAGAAUUCAGAAAUCUCGUAAGAAAUACAGCAGAUAGAAGGGCAGCAAGAUUUGCAGGACAGCCCUUAGGACUAAUGGCUGCCGGAGUCCCCGAUGUGAUAUCUGCAUUUUUCAUCGUGCUAAAAAAAGACAUUAUUGUUCAUAAGAAGUCAAAAAGAGAACUUAACCAAUUUGAGGUGAGAGGGACAGGCACAUUUAUUCGAGGCACUGGUGUUCAGCUGGUUUCAGGGAGGUUUACAGCUCCAUACACGGCAAUUUACAGAUUCCAAGCUAAUCUACACAUCGGUAGAGCCAAAGAUGUCAGUUUAAAACCACGUGAUGCUAUUUCAGCAAAGGUUUGCAUCAACAAUGACUGUGAUAACAACGUAUCACUAAAAUUUCGCUCAGGACUAUCGAGUAAUGCGAGAAUUUUCACAAUCUACGUUGAAGGUUUACUAUACCUGAUGGCCAACCAGUAUACUUCAGUUAUUCUAAUAAACCACUCCAGCAACAUAGUGGUUGUCAACAGAGGGUCAUCAUUCAGCAGUUAUUUGGUCGGUGCAUAGCAUUUAUUCGAUUCUAAAGAAGCGAAUGGUAUGAGUAAUUUGUAAAAUCUUGAUCAAAGCUUGAAGGCACCAUGGCAGUUUACAAAAAAAGAGUACCUGGGAAUGUUGCUGCAUCCUUGAAAUUCGGUACAGGGGCAAGCAAGUCUGGCUGCUUCCAUUCUGUCUGAAAUAGGGUCAAAGAUUGAGUAGUUAAAACUAAUGUCGAUGGAAACAUCAAGAAGGCUGUAGGAGAUGACAGAAAAGAAAUAUCACUUGCGGAUAACGUCCCUUUUUCCUACUGUGUUUUCAGAACGUUUGGAUUGUUGGAAUGAUCCUCAAUGGCAAUUUUCUGCCUUUAAAAAGAACCAUAUGACUUAUAAGGAUAUUUUAACUUUCAAUUUGUGUCGGAACACUUGAUCGUAUUUGAAAAGCUUGACCUUCAGAAUCUGAAGCUAAUGAUAAAAUUUGGGACUGCUUAAAAAAAUGGAUCACCAUUUCAUCCAAUUAAAAAUAGGUGUAUCGUCAAAAUACAUUGACCCUUUAACUGUUCACUUUCAGUUGUGUUGUACGAUGUAUGAAACUUUUCUGUUUAUGCUAGACCAUAUGACACAAAUUGGCCAUUCAAAGACAGAAAUGGUUCUUUAAAAAUCUGUCAUAGCAAACCACGACGAAUUUAUUACUUCAUUGAUGGAUAUUCAGAUGUAAAUAAGACAAUCAUUUAUGAUUUUUUUCAAAUUUGUAAAGAUUCUUAGGUAUCAAAUCUUGCAAGGCUAAAAUUUGCUUAAAAACAAAGUGUUAUCGUUCCCUAAUAUAGAACGAUAAUUGAUUCACUAAAACACGAAGAUACUAAUCUUUGAUGUAAGACUAAAAUAACAUAAACUGUGAUUUAAUUAUUGUGAAACUUUUAAAAAGAUAUUUUUAUAAAUAUAUAGCUUCUUUAGCGUAGUAUUAAUAUAUUUUAUAUUCUAAGUUGCAGAGAGAUUACUAAAGUAAAAACUUAAUUGUAAUAGAAAUUGUGAUAUGAAAAGUAGAGUAUUUCUGUGUAAA